UUUGCUCUGGUGGCUAAUGGUGUGAGGGCAGCGCCGCUGUGGGACAGCAAGCUUCAGUGUUUUGUAGCUCGGAUGCUGCUCCUCCAGAAGACCAUCGUGAGGUACACUGUGUUGGCCACAAAUGGGUGAUUAAAGAUAUUCAACAUUUUAGGAUUUAAGGACCACAGCUUUCCAAGAAAAUAGAGCCUGCUCACCUCCGUCUUCUAUAAAGCCUCUCUAUUGGUCUUCCCAUUCAGCCCGUUGUUGACCUGGUCACUGUAGUGCCUGUAUACCACUAUUACAUCUACAUCCUAUUCCAUAAGAGACACAGGUUAUGUAGCUUUUCCCUUCUAUUUUAUGUGUAAGACCAGAGAGACCAUCUCGCUGUCUUAUAUCUAGUCACAUAGUCAGUCAUCCAUGAUGGCUUACUGACACUUCCAUCAGCAUCAGUAACAUCAGCUGGAUGGUAUUAAAUUCACUUGAAAUCAAAGGUCAGAUCCAAGUAGAUCCAAGACUAGUCUUCCAGUACCUUGACUACAUGAGACGUGAGGUGCGGUCAAUAGUUAUUAAGCUCUGAUGGUGUUGAUUUAGUUAGUAAGGAAAGUAGACAGCAUUUCAUGCUCACUUGUCCUAAAUAAGAAACUUCCAGAUGUGUGUCAGUUAGCAUCAUAACAUGAUGAAUCCAUGUUCAGUACGUCCAGUGUCACUCAGGCUAAACAUGAUCUAUAUGUUUCUGUCCAGGUAUGCUGACCAUCACUGACUUCAUUAACAUACUACAUCGAUACUAUAAGUCUCCUCUGGUUCAGAUAUAUGAGCUUGAGGAUCACAAGAUAGAGACAUGGAGAGAAAUCUAUCUCCAGUACUCAUUUAACAGACUAAUCAGCAUUACACCAGAGUCCAGUUUGUUUGAUGCCAUAUACUCCCUGUUAAAGAAUAAGAUCCACCGCCUGCCAGUUAUUGACCCAGCAUCAGGAAACGUCCUCCACAUCCUCACUCACAAACGCAUACUCAAGUUUCUCCACAUUUUUGGAUCUAUGAUUCCCAGACCCAGGUUUCUUCAAAGGCAAAUCCGUGAAGUGCCGAUUGGUACCUUUAAACAUAUUGCAACAAUCCAGGAAUCGGCUUCCGUCUAUGAUGCUCUGAGCCUUUUUGUGGAGAGAAGAGUGUCAGCUCUGCCUGUGGUCAAUGAACGAGGUAAAGUGGUGGCGCUGUACUCCAGAUUUGAUGUUAUUAACCUUGCAGCCCAGAAAAACUAUAACAACUUAAAUAUGACAAUGCGGGAAGUCAUUGCAUCCAGAUUCUGCUGUGUUGAGGGGGUCCUUAAGUGCUACCCUCAUGAAACACUGGAGACCAUCAUCGAUCGCAUUGCACAGGCUGAGGUACAUCGGUUGGUGUUGGUUGACAGUGAUGAUGUGGUCAGAGGGAUUGUGUCUUUAUCUGACCUUCUCCAAGCCCUUGUUCUCUCUCCUGCAGGCAUUGAUGCACUGUACUCCUAAGCAAUGUUCCCUGUAAUGUUUCAUGUGUCUGAGCGAACACACAAACUCCCUGAGCAACAGCAGACGUGUGC